AUGUUGGGAGAGGCGUGGCUGUUCCUGCUCGCCGUGCUGCUCAAUGCCGUCAACUUGUUCCUGCAGGUUUUCUUCACCAUCCUCUACUCUGAUCUUGAAUGCGACUACAUCAACCCGAUUGACUUGUGCAAUCGCUUGAACAUGUACAUUGUACCUGAAGCAGGCCUACACGCUUUCUUGACAUUCCUCUUCCUGAUCAAUGGAUACUGGGUCACUCUCCUGCUCAACAUUCCGCUGUUGGCAUGGAACGCAAAGAAGAUCUAUGAGAAGAACCACCUGCUCGACGCGACGGAGAUCUUCCGUAAGCUCAACACCCACAAGAAGGAGUCCUUCAUCAAGCUCGGCUUCCACCUCCUCCUGUUCUUCUGGUACCUGUACUCCAUGAUUGUCGCCCUUAUCCGUGACGAGAGCCAAUCGCGCCCAGUCAACAACUUCCGCAACGUCGCAUAA